AUGGCCUCUCUUCGCGCGCCCACCGCGCUCACGCACUCCCUCCCGCGCUGCUCCCCGCUCGCCACGUGGCACUCCGCCGCAACAAGCGUCUCAUCAAUGGCGCAGCCCGUUCGUGUGAGUGCCGCCUGCCCGGUGCGUCUUCUGCCCGGCGCACUCCGCGCGCCCAUGCCGCACGUGGUGCAUCACUCUCACCCGUCGCUCCCCGCGCGCCCAUGCCGCACGUGGUGCAUCACUCUCACCCGUCGCUCCCCGCGCGCAUUCACUCGUUCCCCGCGCCUCAGCGCCUUAUGUUCGUCGCUUCGCCUGCCAGUCCUGCGCGCGUCAGCCUCCCCCGAUCCGUCCCCCGCGCCAGUGGAACCAGAAGCGGCCUACUCCCCAAUCCCCGUCCCCCCGCCCGGGUGGGCGGAGCAGCAGCAGCGGGAGGCGGAGUCGACGGCGGAGGAGCGGGACGGAGUGACCAUCAGGCGGAGGCCGCCGGGCGGGGCGGCGGCGCACAUGGUGGGGCCGUUCCAGUUCCGCGUGGGGGGCAAGGUGGAGGAGAACGUUCCGCGAAACAUCCUGGAGGAGAUCGUGUGGCACAAGGACGGCGAGGUGGCGGCGUUCAAGGAGCGCACUCCGCUCUCCGCGCUCGCGCGCGCGCUCGAGGGCGCGCCGCCCGCGCGGGACUUCGUGGGCGCGCUGAGGGCGCGCGAGGCGGAGACGGGCGUGCCGGCGCUGAUCGCGGAGGUGAAAAAGGCGUCGCCCAGCCGCGGCGUCAUCCAACCCGACUUCGACCCUGUGCGCAUAGCGAAGGCGUACGAGCAGGGCGGUGCGGCGUGCCUGUCAGUGCUCACCGACUCCAAGUUCUUCCAGGGCAGCUUUGAGAACCUGGCGCUGAUCCGAGCGGCGGGCGUGGAGUGCCCACUCCUGUGCAAGGAGUUCGUGGUGGACGCGUGGCAGGUGUACUGCGCGCGCACCAAGGGCGCGGAUGCCGUGCUGCUGAUCGCCGCUGUGCUGCCCGACCAGGACCUGCGCUACCUCAUCAAGAUCACCCGCUCGCUUGGCAUGGCCGCCCUCAUCGAGGUGCACACGGAGAGGGAGAUGGACCGCGUGUUGGCGCUGGAGGGCGUGACGCUCAUCGGCAUCAACAACCGCGACCUCGGCACGUUCAAGGUGGACAUAGGCAACACGCAGCAGCUGCUGGCGGGGGAGAGGGGCGCUGCCAUCCGGGAGAGAGGAAUCAUGGUGGUGGGCGAGUCAGGCCUCUUCACUCCCGAUGAUGUUGCCUUCGUGCAAAAAGCCGGCUGCAAUGCUGUGCUGGUGGGCGAGUCUCUGGUGCGCACCAGCGACCCCACGGCCGCCAUUGCUGCUCUCUUCGGCCGCCCCAUCACCACCACACCAGGCCAGCCUGACCCCGCCCAGGCACAUGCGCCAGCAUGA